UGCUUCCAUAAUACAUUUGGAUGUCUUCAACUAAGUUUAGUUCUGAACUAUGUGGUUCCUCCUAGGCUCAACUUUGUCCUUGCACAUCUCCAGGCUCAUCUGCAAAAUCUACAGUUCAUAAUAGAGCUACUGUACUGGCAAUUGGAAGAAGAUUCUGAAGAUAGGGAGAUUCAGUUCUUGAUCUUUGAAAUUUCCUGUGGUCGUCAAUCUAGAUGUAAAUGACAUGGAAAAGCAGUGCUGAAGUGGUUUAAAUAUGUUUUGGAGGUUACUAUUUAUAGACUACAGUAUUUUUUCAAUUACAAUCCUUAG